AUGUCUGGGCAUCAAGCAAGUGGCCGUUCUCUCAUUGCCUUGAUCGCUGACGAGGACUCUACGACCGGCUUUAUUCUAGCUGGGAUUGGUGACGUCAACAAAGAGGGAGAAAAGAACUUUUUUGUCGUCGACAACAAAACACCCACGUCUGACAUUGAGGACACAUUUUUCAAGUUUACCAAAGAUCGGAAUGACAUAGCCAUCGUGUUGAUUAACCAACACAUUGCCGACAAGAUCCGUCCUCUUGUUGACAAAUACAUGCAGGCGUUCCCUGCUGUGCUUGAGAUCCCCAGCAAAGACCACCCUUACGACCCAUCGAAAGAUGCUGUGCUUAAGCGCGUGCAGAAGCUCUUCGGAGAGUAA